UCUUGUUUUAUUUUGGUAACAUUUAUUUGUGCGAGCGUGGGCUGAGGUACAGGCGGUCCAGGUAAACGCGGCGACGUCGAAAGCCGAACCGGAUAUUUCGACGUUAUUUACUUCCGACCGAGUGCUUACGUCACAUAACAACAUGGACGAUUCCCAGCUUCAAGAUAUUUGCCGGGUGUGCCGGUCAGAAGGAGCUCCUGACAAGCCACUUUUCCAUCCAUGCAUCUGUACUGGCAGCAUCAAAUAUAUCCAUCAGGACUGCCUUGUACAAUGGCUGAAAUACAGCAGGAAAGAAUACUGCGAGCUUUGCAACCAUCGCUUCUCCUUUAUGCCAAUUUAUUCGCCGGACAUGCCAAAGCGACUGCCGAUCCGGGACAUUGUGAGUGGGCUCCUGAGCAGCUUGGGCACUGCAAUACGGUACUGGCUACACUACACCGUGGUGGCCUUUGCCUGGUUGGGCAUAGUUCCGCUCACUGCCUGUCGCAUCUACCGAUGUCUCUUCACGGGGUCUGUCAGUUCACUGCUGACGCUACCUCUGGACAUGCUGUCCACGGAGAAUGUGCUAUCGGACAGCCUGUAUGGCUGCUGCAUCGUCACCUGCACCUUGUGCGCCUUCAUCAGCCUAGUAUGGUUGCGGGAGCAAGUCAUCCACGGGGAAGGCCCCGAUUGGCUUGAGCAAGAGCCACAGAACCAGGAAGGUCUCGGAGAGGCAGCGGCGGGCGGAGAGCACGGUCUGCACGAUGUGAAUGGCGCCCCAGGAGCACUGGGACCGGCGCCACAUCAUGCCGAGGACAUCCCGGCCGCGGGAGACGUCAACGACGUAAACAACGCCGCUCAAGAUGACAUCAAUUGGAAUCCUAUCGAGUGGGACAGAGCAGCCGAGGAACUCACUUGGGAAAGGCUCCUUGGACUUGAUGGUUCAUUGGUAUUUCUGGAGCACGUCUUUUGGGUGGUCUCGCUCAACACGCUCUUCAUCCUUGUGUUUGCAUUCUGUCCUUACCACAUUGGCCAGUUUGCAAUCCUGGGAUUUCGCUUGAAAAACUAUGUGACGGCAUCCCAAUUUGAGGGCCUGCUGACGACGCUGUGCGGCUACGUGAUUGUGGGCAUUGCCUUGGUGCUGCUGCACGCCUUGGCGUCUCUGGCCAAGCUGAGGCGAACCCAGCGGCUGUUGGGCCUCUGCUAUGUUGUGGUCAAGGUGUCUCUUCUCUCAGUGGUUGAAAUUGGCCUGUUUCCCCUCGUCUGCGGCUGGUGGCUCGACAUCUGCUCCCUCACGAUGCUGGACGCCACCCUCUCGGAUCGAGAGUCUAGCUUCCAGCUGGCUCCAGGCACAUUUAUGUUCCUACACUGGCUAGUUGGCAUGGUGUACGUCUUCUACUUUGCCUCCUUCGUGCUCCUGCUGCGGGAGGUGCUCCGGCCAGGACUCCUCUGGUUCCUCCGCAACCUCAACGACCCCGACUUCAACCCUAUCCAGGAGAUGAUCCACCUGCCCAUUCUGCAACACGUGCGACGCUUCCUCGUGUCGCUGGUCAUCUUUGGCACCACAGUGCUGCUCAUGGUCUGGGUGCCCGUGCGUGUCAUCCAGGCCCUUCUGCCCGGGUUCCUGCCCUACCACGUCAUCAUCUCAAGCGACAGCCCGACGCAGGAGAUCUCGCUGGAGCUGAUUCUGCUGCAGGUGGUGCUGCCCACCCUGCUGGAGCAGGGUCACAUGAAGCAGUGGCUGAAGGCCCUUGUGCGUGGCUGGUGCUUGUGCGUCUCGUACCUGCUGGAUCUACGCUCUUACUUGCUGGGUGACGUGCCCCUCACUCCCGAGGAUGCCUCUGCUGACGCCUCUGCCGACGCCUCUGCCGACACCUCGGCCGACACCUCGGCCGACGCCUCUGCCGACGCCUCUGCCGACGCCUCUGCCGACGCCUCGGCUGACGCCUCUGCCGACGCCUCUGCUGAUGCCUCUGCCGACACCUCGGCACAGGAUGGAUAUGCAACAGACCUUUCACUAGAUUCCGUGUCGACGGGAGAAACAGAGGCGGAGGCAAGUCCUGAAGUGGAUCCUCCACAACAUGUGCUCCAGGCCCUUGAAGAGCUUCUGGAAGAAGGAGCAGAAGAUGAGGAAGAGGAGGAGGAAGGGGAGGGAGAAGGCUUGCAGCCGGGAGUGCUUGCCGCUGCCCACCAGGCCCUGCUCCAAGGGGUGGGACCUUCGGGAUUCCAGGCAUACCGCAGGCCCCCCUGGUUCCCCGUUCGGGUGGCCUUCCUGCUGCUCUUCAUCUGCCUCAGCCUGACAGCCAUGAGCUUCUUCCUGCUUACUGUACCAGUAAGCAUGGGCCGGCUAGUGAUGCUGCUGCUGAUGCCCGGUGGCCGGGUGCACGAGUUCUACACUGCAGCGUGUGGGCUGUACUCCUGCUGGCUGGCGCUGCGCUGCCUCACUUUGCUCUGCAGCUGGCUACCCAGAGGCUGGAACACCAUCCUCACCAAGCUGCACUCCUGGAUGCUCAUUUCUGUAAAAUCGGCCGUGGCCAUGAGCCUGCUGCUGGGCCUCAUUCCUCUGCUGAUGGGGCUUCUGUUUGACCUUGUGGUCAUUAUUCCGCUCAGGGUGCCGCUCAACACCACCCCUCUCCUCUACCUGUGGCAUGACUGGGCACUGGGGGUCCUUCACACCAAGAUCAUCUGUGCCGUGACACUCAUGGGCCCCAACUGGUGGUUGAAGAGGGUCAUCGACGAGAUGUACCACGAUGGACUGCGUAAUAUCAAUCUGCACCUGAUUGUUGUGGAUUUGGUGACACCUGUAGUGGUGGCCCUCGGUCUGGCACUGGCUGUGCCUUACGUCCUAGCCUGCAGCAUUGUUCCUGCAUUUGGGGCCAUGGAAGAGACACAGAACCUUGUGCUUCGGAGGAUUUACCCUUCUCUGCUGGCACUGUGUGCCUUCACUGCGUUCAUGGUGUUCCAGGUGCGACAGUUCUGCCGACUCUACGAGCACAUCAAGAACGAUAAGUACCUGGUUGGCCGGCGUCUAGUCAACUAUGAACACAGACGACCUGCAUCCAGCUUUGCAACGUCGUCGGCACUGGCCAGCUCUUCCUAGGCCAUGCCUUCCGUGUAAAUAGCUCCCCUCCCAGAUGUGUGAAACAUGGUGAAUGUGCGUGUAAUGGUGUGUGCGUUGAACAUAUAAUGCAUGUCAACGUGAUAUGCCAUCUUGUGCUGUCCAUGUGGGAAAGCCAAUGUGUUGGUACUCGAAGCAAGAUCUCCGGAAGUGAGUUUGCGAGUGGCAUUCUUUGUUGGAAACAACUUUAUUCUGUCCUGGUUUGUUAGUAAUCCAUCUACAGAAACUGGCUUCUUCAGCUGUUGGUCAAGUUUCAGGCUUACCUAGUCUACCACAGAGUGUAUGCCAAGGUGUCUGUGAGAUGGAGUUGUUGCAAUUCAACAUGUCCAGCUCAUUGUGCGUGAUUUAAGGCUUACUUUGGACAUUCUGCAAGAAAGUCGAUGUGACAAAAUUGGUUUUACUAACAGGCACGAAAAAAGUGCAUUCCGGCUAUCUCUUUCUGUCCAGUUAAGGUUUGUUGUGUCAAAAUCAAAGGAGGUCGUUCACUGUGGCCAAGUUUGUUAAAUGCACUGCAUUUUUCCAUCAACAGUGUGUCUUCUUGGAAAGAAACUUUGAUAUCCUGUACAUUGUUCAAGUGUUGCAAGUUUGACAAGUGCAUGCAUGUGGGCAUUUGGGGUAUGUCUGUUUUGGUUGAACGGGACAGGUUGGUGCUUUAUAGAAGAAAAGAAUUGGUGUGAGUGUUGGUAACCCCCCCAAAUGUCCUUUCCCUGAAUAUGUGAAUGGUGGACAAGGCAGUGACAUCCCCAUUUUUGCCUACUCUAUAUUGUAGAAUUUCAGUGGUGGUGGGGCAAAGCGAAAUUGAGCAUGUGCUUGUGUGCCAACAAGUUUUCUCAUAGUAAUCUCGUUUGGGAUGUUUAGCAGGAACAACUUGCUACUUGCUUGGGGCAAAAUCAAUGCUUGCAGAAAGUAAUUAAUCUCCGAAUUUUAUUUUAUCUUUAGUUAGUAUUUUAAACUUGCUUAUGUUUCUUGUAAUCUGUUUGCACUGUUCAAUGACAAAAAAGUCUUGAGGUUAGCAAACUUGUUGUUUUCUUAAGUUGUAAAGAAAAAGGAAAUUUAGCAAAUGUUGCAACUGCAUUUCUCGCAAGUUCAAAGCUACUUUCUUAACAUUUCACUUCCUAGAGCCAAAAAUAUGAGACAUUCAAAGUAUAAGAACAGGUUUUGCAGAUAGUGAUCCUGUUCACCUUCCGAACACUAGCAUGCAAGUGCAGGAGUUUUAAACAUACAGUAUUUGACAGAAUUAACAGAUUUGUAUAUGUAGAAUAGGCAGACACUACAGAUGCUUUUAAUUGGGUUUUUUUAAAGGUUAUUUGUACAAAAUGUUUAAUUAAAACUGCUGUUAUUUCAGAUGUGUACAUAUACUACUUGUGUUGGGGGGCUUUCAUUGUUUCACUUGGGAAGCACUGUGGUGCAUGUGGUAGACUUGCACCAGCUAGCUUUGUAAAGCAGGCACAAGGUUUGUUGCACUGUUUUAAAGUGCUUUCUUGUAAACAGAUUAUCAGUUAUGCAAGUUAUGUUUGUAAAUUGGGAACCGAGUAGUCCUUCAUUUUGUUUUUUUCGGUUUCAUUUGAUUGGCAGAGUGACUGACACCUGUGUGGUGAAAUUCUUCUUUCGUUUCUGGACACCACAUUAGUCUUCUUUUUUUUUCUCGAAAAUGUUGUAGAGAGUACUGCCGAGUGGUGUACUAUUUAAAUAAAAAAAUGAAUUGACAUGGCGAAGAUGUCAUUGAACUUUGAA